GUAUUUUUUUUUUUUGCCCCCCUUUUAUCAUCCAAUGCUUCGUUUAGUUUUCAGUAAACUUUCGCAUGCCAACUCCAGAGCUUCACAGUCUGGCCAUGGCUUCUGUUUAUCGAAUUACUUUCGUAGACCCAUGUCAGAAAUGUCUAAAAACACAGACCCACAUUCGUUUACUGUCUCUUACCUCCAAAAAUCAGGUGGGUUGUCCGAAAAAUCUGCCAUUUCUGCUUCCCAGAAGCUUUUGAUUGAAACCCCAGAGAAAGCUGAUUCAGUUCUUGAGCUAAUGAGAACUCAUGGCCUAACUCAGACCCACAUUGCAAAUAUAAUAGGUAAUCGUCCUGGAUUGCUUUUGGCUGACUUAGAAGGUAAUCUUAGGCCUAAUAUGGAGUUGCUUAAAUCUUUUGGGGUUUCUGGUAAUAUCCUGGGAAAAAUGCUUAGCAAAGAGUCACGUUUUCUUGAACGUGAUUUACUCGGAACAGUGGAGUUCUUUAGAGCUCAGCGUUUUAGUGAUGAACAAAUAACUAGUAUGCUUAAGAAGCGUCCAAAGUUGUUUACGUUUAAUGUGAACACCAAUUUUAGGCCAAAGUUAGAGUUUUUCAGAUCUUUGGGCCUUACAGAUGAGGAUGUUGCCAAGAUUCUCUCCUGGGAGCCUUCUAUUCUAGAGAGGAGCUUGGAAAAACAAAUCAUUCCUUCUGUUCAAGUGUUUAGGCGGGUUCUUGGGACGGGUUUCGAUGUGCUAAAGGCUAUAAAAUCCUUCUACUUCAUACUUGAGUAUGAUUUGGAAAAUACGCUUGUGCCAAACGUAUCAACAUUGAAGAGCCAUGGUGUUUCCGAGACAUUAAUCUUGAAGAUGUUCAUGAUGCAACCCAGAUCACUGCUUUUAAAUCCUUGUCGGUUUAGUGAGGUUCUCGCCGAAGUUGUUAAAUUAGAGUUUGAUCCAAAUAAUCUGCUCUUUGUGUUAGCGGUUCGUGUCAUGGCAACGGUGAGUAAGACGCUCUGGGAGCAGAAGUUGGAAUCUUUUAUAAGUUUUGGUUUGUCGAGAGAUGAGGUCUAUCUGGCGUUCAGACUGCACCCCUUGUGUAUGCUUGUUUCAGAGAAGAAGAUCAAAAAAUUGAUGAAUUUCUUCACUCACAAAUUGAACAUAGAACCUUCAAUCAUUUCAAGACGUCCACGCAUUUUGCGGUAUAGUUUGGAGAAGAGAAUCAUUCCAAGGAGUUCUAUGUUGCAACUUCUGAUGUCCAAAGGUCUUAUAAAGGAAGAUUUUACUAUGAUCAGCCUUCUUAGUUAUCUUGCAAUGAAUGAGAAGAACUUCAUGGCAAGGUGGGUGAGGAAGUAUCAGAACGUGCUUCCUGAUGUUGUUAAGGCACACAGAGGCGAGAUAGAAUUUCGAGGACUCCCUGUUAUCUUAGGGGCAUAAUCACUGUGUUCUCGUUGAAUUAAAGAUCAUCGACGUUCAAAGUCUCCUCAACAGCCUGCUCAUUUUCAUGAGAUUGUGCGGAUUGGUGGAAGGCAACGAGAGAAAAGGUUGCCUGGAUUUACAGCAGUAUCUCUAUUGCAGACUUCAGAUUAUUGUGGUACGGUACAUGGUCUUCUGAGCCAUCAAUUUUGAUGUUGUGAAUGCAUUUGAGGUUUUAUUAUCAAAUUGGACUGAGGAAUUGUAAUCAUCUUCAUCUUCAUCCUUUUUUUUUCUGUUCUAA